UUUUUUAGAACUCCUAAUUCAGUAUACCCCCUUAUAAGUAAAAUAAAUUUCCAUUAUACACACAUAACACCAUAUUCAUCUCUUUUAAAGAAACACGUAUAAACAAUAAAUUUCUUUAUCUUGUAAGCCCUUCCCGACAUAUUCUCAUUUAGGAAAUCUACCUUUCAAAUUACGUUUACAUUUUAAAAGAACCCACAAGCGUGGUCGAGACUUACUCGAAUCAAAUUUUCACUCGUCGUUUUAUUCGAGACCAAGCACGAGUCGAGUAUUUGUAAAACGAAUUAACCACACAUAAGAAGAAAUAGAAAUAAUUAAUGAACUCAAAACAGUCGCUCGUUCGACAACUGUUGCCUGCUGGGGUACACCUUGUCGUGAUCAACGAAUCGAUUUCAACAGGAAAUGAUUCGAUAAAGGCUAGAACGGUGAUAAGAGCGAACAGGUAGUCGACGUCGGUUUUGGGGUGGGGUAUGGUGCGUUUGCGCGCUACCCGGAAGAAACUACCAGACCAGGAAUAUCGGUAUCAAUAAUGUAGACGCGACAGAAACGAACCGAAAGAAAGAAAAAUAGAAGCGAAAGAAAAAUUGUAAAAAUAAAAAAAAAGAAAUGGCGAACAGAGUCUGGACGUAAGGCGGGGACGGAAAGCCAGGCCGAAACGGGUCUGGCCUCGCGAGCGUAUCGACACUCCCGUUGAAGAAAACCGCCGGAUAGGAGAGCAAGCGAGAAAGGAGUUUUGGCGAAAGGGGGGGAGGUGGGGGGGUUGUGAAAUGCAAGGAAGGAUGCAGUGGUGGUGUGCCGACAGAAACGAAUCAGGACCAGUUUCAGGUCUGCACUCACGUUAUAUCCACCGUUUUCUACGUACUGUCGAGGAACCAAAAGAGGAAGAAGACCGAGAGGAAGAAGAAAAAGAAGAAGAGGAAGAAACGAAGAGGAGAAAAACCGUGUACGCGGGUCUCUGGCUCUCUGGAACGAAGAUUUCGACGAACCAAAAACAGAGAAAAUAGAGAAGAAAAUAGAAGAGACAAAAAAAUAGAAAAAGAAAAGGAAAGAGAAAAGACCAUGUACCUUCGCGUGUUGUCCCUCUUGUUGAUCAGUGCGGUGACCUUGAGCAGAGCACAGUUUCGUUGCCCGGAACCGAAGGGCUUCUUCCCUGACCCAGAACAAUGCGAUCUCUAUUACGUUUGCCUGAACGGUAAAGCCGAGGAGAAAUUGUGCAAAGACGGUCUCGUCUUCAGGGACGACAACCCGAAGAAGGAGUUCUGUGACUUACCAGCCAACGUCCCAUGCGGAGACCGAACUCUUCUUCAGGAACCCCAGCCGAGCAAAGGAUGUCCACGAGCUAAUGGAUACUUCAAACACGAGGACCCGAACGCUUGCGAUCGUUUCGUCAACUGCAUCGACGGUGUAGGUCAAAUAAUGCCCUGUCCACCUGGUCUGAUCUACGAAGACAAGGUGUCCAGCUGCGUUUGGCCAGCCGAUGCCACCAGGCUCUGCGAACACGCAAAGAGAGACGUCCUCGACGAUGGCUUUGUUUGCCCUGACGGCGACGUGGCGGGACCGCUCGGUAGGAUUCUACCACAUCCAACGUACCCUCAUCCGGAUGACUGCGCCAAAUUCUACAUCUGCAGAAACGGCGUGAUGCCGCAGAAAGGACAAUGCGAGUAUGGCACCGUCUACAGCGAGGAGAGCUUCAAAUGUAUGGAUCCGGAGAAUGUCCCUGGAUGCGAGGACUACUACAAGAACAAGAACUGAACAAAGCCAAGGUGCCAGUUACUCAGCGAUACGUCUGUAACGCUUAAUUAAUUUUUUUUUUUACACUUAGGAACAAUAAACCCGCGAUACACUUACGUAAAUGAAUUGGCAUUUGCAUACACCUCCCACGACAAUUACACCUUUCUCCUUAUGUAAUCGGAUUACGGUAUGGAUUUAUGGCGUCGAUAACUUUGUUGCGGCAUGGCUACGAUCGCUGGGAAAGAAAAAAAAAAAGGAAGAAAUGCGAAUCGGUGACCGCGACUUAACAUACCGGGAAGAAACUUACAGGCGGUAGCAAAAGGAAAUAUGGAAAAUUGGCUGCGGAAUUUUCUUCCUAAACGCGUCGAUGAACUCGAUCGUGAAAGUAAUAUUACAACUUCGCGAGGUAAAUGUACCAAUUGCCGACACAAUUUUGAACAAUCGUUACUUGCAAUGGUAGCAGAACAUUCUGGAAAUUAGUUUAUGUUCGCCAUUAUACAACAGAUUGAAAAUACAGGUCAUUUUAUGGAAUGCAAACGCUAUAUUUCGUUUUCUUUAGAGAAAUAAUACAGCAUUUUGGAUUUUAAAUUUUCAAAUGCUAUACCAGAAGAAAACGGAAGGGAUAUUGAUUUUGCAAGAAGUAUUUAUAUUCAUUGAUAUCACAACGUUUUUCAAAAACUAUUUUUCACACUAUUUUCAAAAUAUUUCGAAUUAUUUUAUAAUUAUUUCUAUUUAUUUAUUUAUUUUAUAUUAAAGACAAGCUCGAAAAGAAAACGAAAUACUACAUCAAAUAUAAUUUGAUUAACUAGUCAAGGGUAAUUAAACUAUUUGUUACGUCGAAAUGUAUCUAUUUUAGGUAAAAACAUUAAUGGAUUCAAAAAUUGCUCGAUGUUAAUGAAUAUAAAAUUGUUAGUAAGAUCAGACCAAUACCUUUUAUAUUUUUUUCAAAAAAAGAAACCAAUGUCCUAAUUGCCACCGUAUCAAUGUACAAGUGCCAUGAUAUUUAAUAAAAAAUAUUUUAUCAAUUUUUUUUUUAAUUUAUUCGUGAAAUUCAAGAAAAAAUGUUUUAUCAAUAUCAAUACAAUUGAUAGAAAUGUAUGAUGUAGUGAAUAAAAUUAAAGAUAUCUUUUACAUAAAUAAAGAAAGAAGAUACUUUUCUAAAUUGGUAGCAAUGAUAUUAAUGAAGUAGAUUGAAAGAGUCGAUGGUUGUGAUAGUGUCGAAAUUAGGUGCACUUUCUCUUUACAAAAUUCGAAAAUUGAUAUUUCUUUGCAAGUUCUAGUAUACUUCUUCUCCUUCUGUCCAAUUGAUAAAAGAACAAAUAUUUUGUAUUCAUUUACAAGAGACUUUCUACUGCUCGCUUGCAAAGAAAGUAGGUGGCUAGAGGACAAUUGUCAUUCUCCGAUGUAAAUCUCUGAAAAUUGAUCUUGUUUGAAUACAAUAAGCGGCGUGGAAUGGUUCUUCGGGUUGGCAGACAAUUUCACUUGAUUCGCCUGAUUGCAACCUUUCACUUUACGCAAUUUACGAUGUGCACGAUGAACUGCACUCUCGCGACCCUGUCUGACUAUUUACAUCGCGAUCGAGCCUGCCUCGCUAAUUGAAAAAUUGUGAAAGGUUCCCUUUAAUUCCAAAUACUUAUUGGAAACAUCGUGAAAAAUUGACAAGACUUUGUAUUCUGACUUUUGACAAGUACAACUUUGCGUUUAUCUUGUUGUGCGAGUAGAUUGAAUACCAGUUACAUUUAAGAGAGCCAACUCUUGAAUGAAAUAAAUAUUAAUGUAUAUUUUU